AAUUUUAAAUAGUUUUUACCAUAACAGAGAAAGAGAAGAAGAAGAGGGGAGUUUCAGUUUUAGAGUCCCCGACGAACAAAGAAUCCGAGGCUUCAGAGAAGCAGGUAAUAGAAUAUGGCAGAUGGUGAAGAUAUUCAACCUCUCGUCUGUGACAAUGGGACAGGAAUGGUCAAGGCUGGAUUUGCUGGAGACGAUGCUCCAAGGGCUGUUUUUCCCAGCAUUGUAGGGCGGCCUCGUCACACUGGUGUGAUGGUUGGUAUGGGCCAGAAAGAUGCCUAUGUGGGGGAUGAAGCUCAGUCUAAGCGUGGUAUCUUAACUUUGAAAUAUCCAAUUGAGCAUGGAAUUGUGAACAAUUGGGAUGACAUGGAGAAGAUUUGGCACCACACCUUCUAUAAUGAGCUCCGUGUGGCCCCAGAAGAGCACCCGGUUCUCCUCACUGAAGCACCUCUCAACCCAAAGGCUAACCGUGAGAAGAUGACACAAAUCAUGUUUGAGACGUUCAACACUCCUGCGAUGUAUGUUGCUAUUCAGGCUGUUCUUUCCCUUUAUGCCAGUGGUCGUACGACUGGUAUUGUCUUGGACUCUGGAGAUGCUGCUGAGCGUGAAAUUGUGAGGGAUAUGAAGGAGAAGCUCGCYUACAUUGCUCUUGACUAUGAGCAAGAGCUAGAGACAGCCAAGACAAGCUCAUCUGUAGAGAAGAGCUAUGAACUGCCUGAUGGGCAGGUGAUCACCAUUGGUGCUGAGCGUUUCCGAUGYCCWGAGGUUCUCUUCCAGCCGUCCAUGAUUGGUAUGGAAGCUGCUGGCAUUCACGAGACGACAUACAACUCUAUCAUGAAGUGUGACGUGGAUAUUAGGAAGGAUCUAUAUGGCAACAUAGUCCUCAGUGGUGGCUCCACCAUGUUUUCAGGCAUUGCUGAUAGGAUGAGCAAGGAAAUAACAGCAUUAGCACCCAGCAGCAUGAAGAUCAAGGUUGUGGCUCCACCUGAGAGGAAGUACAGCGUUUGGAUUGGGGGAUCCAUCUUGGCAUCUCUCAGCACUUUCCAGCAGAUGUGGAUUUCAAAGGGGGAGUACGAUGAGUCUGGGCCAUCUAUAGUGCACAGGAAAUGCUUCUGAUCAUGCCUGGGAAAGGCAAGAGGUUUUGAAGACAAAUACCAUACGUCCGAUAAAUAUUGUUUUUGAUUGUGCAUGCUCAGAAAUGUUUUGUUUCUUCUUUUUAUUACUAUCCCAUUUUUCUCUCAUUCCAAAAUGGGACAUUGACCUCAAAGGGGCUUUAAAUCCCAUCUUUUUCAUUUUU